AUGGAACGAGAUAUAUGUAUAUAUCCAAAGAAUUCUGAAAGUAUUCCAAUUUCCAGUCUUAGUGCAAAUGUUGAUCCUAUGACGUAUCCUUUAAUGUUUCCUUCAGGUGAUCCUGGAUGGACUGUUAACAUCAAACAUAUUAAAGGUAACCGUAAUGUUACUCCUUUACAGUUUUAUAUGUAUCGACUUUCAUAUAGAGGCACUUUUAAUCCAUGUUUAGCAUUAGGAAAAUUAACUCAACAAUAUAUAGUUGACAUCUGGUCAAAAGUAGAAGGUGAGCGUUUAAAAUACAUUCGUUUAGAACAGAAAAAACUUCGAGCAGAAAUGUAUUGUGGAUUAAUGGAUUAUGUUAAUAAUAAAGUUAAAGAAGAGAAUGUUCGACCAGGAAAAAUUGUUAUUUUGCCUUCAACAUUUACUGGAGGGCCACGUUCCUAUCAACAAUCUUUCAUGGAUGCUAUGCGAUUAGUUCAAGAAUUUGGAAGACCAGAUUUAUUUAUUACCAUGACUUGUAAUCCAAAAUGGUGCGAGAUUAGAGAAAAUUUGUUAGAUUGUGAAUCUGCGUCUGAUCGUCCUGACAUUGUAGCAAGAGUUUUUAGGAGAAAAGUACAAGAAUUAAUGAAAGAAAUAAAAGAUGAAGAAAUUUUUGGUCCAGUUAUUGCAUUUGUUUAUGUAAUAGAGUUUCAAAAGCGUGGAUUGCCUCAUGUGCAUUUCAUUACAUUUUUAAGUGAAAAGAUCCGUGAUACUGAAACUGUAGAUAAAAUAAUAUGUGCAGAAAUACCAGAUGAAAUAAAGAAUCCUGAGCUAUUUAAUAUUGUAAAGCAGUUUCAAGUCCAUGGGCCUUGUGGUAAUCAAAAUAUAAAUUCACCUUGCAUGGACUCUGAAAAAAAAAUUUGUACGAAAUAUUAUCCGAAGCCAUUUUGUUCAGAAACAUCUUAUCACUCUAAGAAUUAUCCAGAAUAUAGAAGAAGAAAAGAUGGUAAGCAAAUUAUCUUUUAUAAUAAAGAUGGAUCAAUUAAGUGUAUUGCAGAUAAUUCAAUGAUUGUACCUUACAAUCCAUAUUUAAGUAAAAAAUUUGAAUGUCACAUAACUGUUAUGGUAUGUAGUAGUACAGGUGGCAUUAAAUAUUUAUUUAAAUAUUGCUAUAAGGGCCAUGACUGUGCAUUUAUUGUUUACAAGGAUGAUAAUCAAGAAAUGCAAUAUGAUGAAAUUCAAUAUUAUUUAAAUACACGAUAUGUAUGUCCACCAGAAGCAAUGCAUAGAUUAUACGAAUUUCCUAUGCAUGAACAAUCACAUGCAACAUACAGAUUAGCUGUACAUUUACCUAAUCAACAAUCAAUAUGUUUUCAAGAAGGAUUAGAGGAAGAAGCCGUUAACAAAUUCAAAAACACGACAUUGACGGCAUGGUUUAAAUUGAAUGCAGAAGAUUCCGAGGCGCGCAAAUAUUUAUAUACAGAAAUACCUCAUAACUAUGUUUUUGUUGAAUCUUCAAAAACUUGGAAAGUAAGACAACGAAUUACUAAAACCUUAAUUUGUCGAAUGUAUUUUGUUAGUCCAAAAGAUAUUGAAAGGUAUUUUCUAAGACUUUUACUACUUUAUGUACGUGGUGCUAAGUCAUUUGAAGAUAUAAAAACUUAUGAAGGUAUUACAUACAACACUUUUACAGAAGCUGCACGUGCGAGAAAUUUAAUGGUAGACGAUAACGAAUGGAACAAUUGUUUGACUGAAGCUGUGAGUAUGAAGUUUCCUAAAGAACUUUGUCGUUUAUUUGCAUACAUAUGUGUAUUUGGAUCGCCUGUGAAUGCUAUUGAUUUAUGGAAUAAAUACAAAGAAGAUAUGAUUUUUGAGAAUGAUUUACCUGUGGAAGUGUCGAUUCAAAAAUCAUUAAUUCUAAUUAAUGAAGUAUUUAGUUUUCAUGGAUUUUCGCUCCAUCAAUUUGGUUUGCCACAUAUUAAUCAGAAAGUUUUUGAUGAUUAUAAUUCAGUAAGUAAGGAAAAUAGUGCUUUAGAAUUACAAUUACUUAAAAUAAAGUCUGAUUGUCUUAUUAAAAGUUUGAAUGAUGACCAACGUAAUGUUUUCAAUGAUAUUAUGAUGGCAGUACAUAAUGAUAAUUGUAGUAAUAGAUAUAUUUAUCUCGAUGGACCUGGAGGAAGUGGUAAAAGUUAUUUACAUAAUACAAUAAUUACAACUGUAGAGAGUGAAGGAUUGGUGGUUUUAUCAGUAGCAUGGACUGGUAUAGCUGCGAAUCUUUUAAAAGGUGGACGAACGGCACCUUCUAUGUUUAAAUUUCCUAUACCAAUUAAUGAAGAUUCAACAUGUAAUAUAAGUGGGAUGUCAAAACACAGUGAACUUUUAAGAAGUGCUAAAAUCAUUAUUUGGGACGAAAUUACAAUGGCACCUAAAUAUGCUUUACAAGCAAUGGAAGUUAUGUUGAGGGAUAUUACGAAAUGUAAGAAACCGUUUGGAGGUAAAGUUAUUUUGCUUUCAGGAGAUUUUAGGCAAAUUUUGCCAAUUGUUCCACACGGUAGUCGGACUCAUAUUGUUGAAGUAUGUGUGAAAAAUAGUAAAUUGUGGCAUCUUUUUCAAACUAGGUCGUUACACGUUAAUGUUAGAUUAAAUAAUAAUCAGAUAAACUUUUCAAACUGGUUAUUAAAUGUCGGCGAUGGUAAACAUCAAAGUACAUUUGAAAAGAAAAAUAACGUUUUAGAAAUUCCACAAGAUUUGAUUUCGAAUGGAAAUUUAAUUGAAGAAAUAUAUGGUUCAUCAAUAAGUUCAAAUGAUGUAUCUGCUUAUUCUUCUUGCAUUCUUUCAUUAACAAAUUCUGAGGUAUUAGAUAUGAAUGAUCGUAUUUUGUCAAAUUCAGAAGGAAAUGAAGUUGUUUAUUACAGUAUAGAUUCACAUGUAGACGAGGAUCAGAAAGACAUCAAUAACAUUGUUCCAGUGGAAAUUUUAAAUAGUUUAACACCAGAUGGUUUACCACCUCAUAGAUUAUCAUUAAAGGAGGGAUGUAUAAUUAUGCUUUUAAGGAAUAUGAAUUUGGUUCAAGGAUUAUGUAAUGGUACACGAUUAGUUGUCAAAUCUUUAUUAAGAAAUGUUAUUUCUGCAGAAAUUAUUGUUGGAAAAUCUAAAGGUGAAAUAGUUUUUAUUCCACGAAUUGAUUUAUCUCCUUCACAAGAGUUGGAAUUUAUUUGCCAAUUUCAGCUUUUGGACAUGGCCAAAUUUAUGUUGGUUGUUCUCGAGUAA